UACUUGUGCCUCUUUAUUACGGAGCAGUUUGUAUAUUUAUAAAAUGGGGACUCACGUCUCUGACAUUCAACAGAACAAUGGGAUGAUUGCGACCCUCCCCCGGGACAUCGCCCCUCGCGGUUCCAGGUCGUGUGCGUCUGUCUGUCCAUCCCCCCAAUCACAGCAUGGCCGUGUGUGCCUGUCCAUCUCCUCCAGGGACCAUGUGUGCGUCUGUCUAUGCAUCCCCCUCAGACCGCAUGGCGACAUGCGUCUGUCCAUCUCCCCCAGGGACAGCAUGGCCGUAUGUCUGUCCAUCCCCAGGGGCUACAUGCGUCUGUCUAUGCAUCCCCCUCAGACCGCAUGGCGACAUGCGUCUGUCCAUCUCCCCCAGGGACAGCAUGGCCGUGUGUGCCUGUCCAUCUCCUCCAGGGACCAUGUGUGCGUCUGUCUAUGCAUCCCCCUCAGACCGCAUGGCGACAUGCGUCUGUCCAUCUCCCCCAGGGACAGCAUGGCCGUGUGUCUGUCCAUCCCUAGGGGCCACAUGCGUCUGUCUAUGCAUCCCCCUCAGACCGCAUGGCGACAUGCGUCUGUCCAUCUCCCCCAGGGACAGCAUGGCCGUGUGUCUGUCCAUCCUAGGGGCCACAUGCAUCUGUCUAUGCAUCCCCCUCAGACCGCAUGGCGACAUGCGUCUGUCCAUCUCCCCCAGGGACAGCAUGGCCGUGUGUCUGUCCAUCCUAGGGGCCACAUGCAUCUGUCUAUGCAUCCCCCUCAGACCGCAUGGCGACAUGCGUCUGUCCAUCUCCCCCAGGGACAGCAUGGCCGUGUGUCUGUCCAUCCUAGGGGCCACAUGCAUCUGUCUAUGCAUCCCCCUCAGACCGCAUGGCGACAUGCGUCUGUCCAUCUCCCCCAGGGACAGCAUGGCCGUGUGUCUGUCCAUCCUAGGGGCCACAUGCAUCUGUCUAUGCAUCCCCCUCAGACCGCAUGGCGACAUGCGUCUGUCCAUCUCCCCCAGGGACAGCAUGGCCGUGUGUCUGUCCAUCCCCAGGGGCCACAUGCGUCUGUCUAUGCACCCCCCUCAGACCGCAUGGCGACAUGUGUCUGUCUGUCCAGCCCCCAGGGACCGUGUGGCUGUGCGUGUGGCAGGGGACAUGUGGCCAUCCACACACCAGGGCUGUAGAGAGGGGGUGCUCAGCCUCCUGCCCUGCUUGCCAGCUUGUUCCCAUGGGGGGGGUCCUUCCCCCUGCACCCAGACCCCACCUUGCCAGGCCUGUGCCCAGCUCAGCUCAGACACAGCCAAACAUGCGAGUGCUGGGUGCAGCCAGGCACACAGCAUGGGCAGCCUGUGGCUGCGGGGCCCUGGGGCGUGGGCUGGCCGGGUGUCCACAAAGGCGUGUGGCUGUGUCUGAGUGUGCACAUAGACACCCCGUGGGCGCUCCUAUGAGGUCAUUCCCAGGCGCUCAAGGGCACAUUCCCCGAGCCCCAGCACUGCGUCGUGCGUGGGUUCAUGGCACCGUGGGCUCACAAAUCCAGGCCUUAUGCAGGUCUGUCUGCGCGGCCCUCGCACAGAUGGGGGCCCAGCACUGUGUGCGCAUCCCGGGGUGCCUGUCACCCCGUGUCUGUCUGUCCAGCCCCCCCGGGAGCGUGGGGCUGUGCGUGUCUGUCUGUCCAGCCCCCCCGGGGUGCACGUGGCCUCACGUCUGUUUGUCCAGCUCCCUGGGGUGCACGUGGCUGUGCAGAUGCCAGGACGUGGUCUGAGGGGUCGGGACACUCCCAGGAGCUCAGUUUGUGCCCAGCCUGUGGGCUGCUCUGAGCCCUAC